UUUUUUUUUUUUUUUUUUUUUUUUUUUGUGUGAUUAUCUAUGGAAGGUGGUCGUCGGAGAAUUACGCUUUACGAUCAGAUGUUAGCGGUGGGCGAAGGCAGAGAGCUCACUGGUGGUUUGACACUGAACGACGUUUUGACUGUUCAUAAGAGAGCCUCGCCGAACCCCUCGCCGGAGGUGAGACUAAACGGGAGGACUUUGCUCGAUAUUUUAAGAGACGACGUUGGGAAGUCCCCUGCUGUUGGUAAUAGAGAGAGGAAAUCUUGGAAGUUUUUGAGGGAUCGACUUCGUUUGAAUCUAAGAUCUCAAAUUCCGCCGCCGAAUUCGCUUCGUUUUGCGGUUUUUUCGUCGGCGGAGAUGACGUCGAACGAAGAGGAAUCGCCGGAAUCCACUACUCCUGUCGUCGCUGCUGCUGUUCCGGUUCUCCGGCAAAUUUCACGGCGGAGUUCGACGCGGUUAAGUCAGAACAUUCCGACGUCUCCCGAGGCUACAAAUUCCGGCGAAUCACCCGAGAACAAUGACUCCGCCUCGACCAUCGCCGGCACUGGCAGUCGGAGUAGCCGGAGUCUCCUCAGGCCGCAAAUGUCGCGGCGCAACUCUACGAGACGCUCACUUGAACGGAGCGAGAGUUUCACUGACUUGACGGAGCCGGUGCAUGAAGGCACGCGCCGCCUCUCGGCUGCACUGGCAAUGGAGAGAUCAAUGUCCGCUAGAGAAACGGUGGCGACCCAGGAGGCAGCCGACGCAGAAACCACCGCCGACGAAGACGAUGAAGAAGCAGACUCCACGGCGGUGGAGACGGCGGCGCCGGUGAGAAUGUCACUAAUGGAUCUCUUAGAAGAGACGGACAGGCAAAUGGGGUUCGAAGGGUCAAGAUACAAAAUAGAAGACGAAGUAGAAGAAGAAGAAGAAGAAGAAGAGGAAGAAGAAAAGGAAGAAGAAGUCGCCGUCGUGGGCGGCGGGUCGGAACGGAAGUGCUGCGUGUGCAUGGUGCGUCAUAAAGGGGCGGCAUUUAUCCCCUGCGGUCACACCUUUUGUAGGCUCUGUUCAAGAGAACUUCUGGUCAGUAGAGGCAACUGUCCACUUUGCAAUGGCUUCAUUUUGGAGAUUCUCGACAUUUUCUAAUUUUCCCAAUUUUUCUAAGCUUUUUUUCUUCAACCUGUCACAUAUUUUAGCUCAA